AUGGCGGAAACUAAAUUUUCGGCGGAACAGAUGGAACAAUUUAUUGAUAUUUAUCGAUCUUUUGAUUGUUUAUGGGAUGUGAAGUGUAAAGAAUACCGUGACAUUAACAAAAGAAAUAACGCCUAUGAAGCAAUGGCGGAUAUUAUGAACAUUACCAUAGAACAAGUGAAGAAAAAAAUAAAUAACAUUCGUUCCACGUACCUUCAGGAAAAGAAAAAAGUCGAUAUAUCAAAAUCUACAGGGUCUGGUACGGAGGAUAUUUACACACCAAAUUUAUCUUGGUUUGGUAGUAUGACUUUUUUGGAUGAUGUCACUACGCAGAGAAAGACAAAUUCCACGCCAUCAGUUGUAAAAUGCACAAAUUGGUUUUCUAAAUAUUCGAAAACGUGAUGUCAAAAUACCAAAGGCAUUUUCUACUACUCUACGUGCACG